AUGAAGUUUCCAAAGCAGCCCCUACUGCUGACUUUUGGGGAAAUGUUCUUUGUGGUUUUCAUCCUGACCUCUGCCCUCUCAGUGACCUCCCUGCCCUCGGACAUAGAGAAAGGAAGGAGAAAAGUGGUACAUGUACUUGAGGAUGACACGGGAGCUGUGAUUGUGCAGACAGCUCCUGGUAAAGUGAUGACACACCGUGGUGGCUCCAUCACUCUGCCAUGCCGUUUCCAUCAUGAGCCAGAGAACACGGAUCCUGCUCGCAUUCGGAUCAAAUGGACCAAGGUGACAGAUGCACUGCAGUUUGAAGACGUCUUUGUGGCACUUGGGAGACAGCAGCGUGUGUUUGGAUCAUACAGAGGCCGCGUGUUUUUAGAGGAGGCGGGACCAGGUGAUGCUUCAGUGAUCAUCCAAAAUGUCACACUGGAUGACUAUGGACGCUAUGAGUGUGAGGUCACUAAUGACAUGGAAGACGACACAGGAUUUGUCAACCUUGACCUCGAAGGAGUUGUGUUUCCCUACUACCCCCGUGAGGGCCGCUAUAAGCUCAACUACCACCAGGCUGAGGAUGCCUGCAAACAGCAAGACGCUAUUCUGGCCUCUCACCCUCAACUGCACAAAGCCUGGCUGGAAGGACUAGACUGGUGUAAUGCUGGAUGGUUGGAGGACGGCUCAGUCCAGUACCCUAUCUCUCACCCCAGAGACCAAUGCGGCCGCAAGGACACCCCUGCUGGUGUUCGUAACUAUGGCUACAGGCACAAGGAGGAUGAGCGCUACGACGCUUUCUGCUUCACCUCCAAACUCAAUGGCAAAGUGUACUUCCUCAAACGGUUUAAGAAGGUGAACUAUGCAGAGGCGACAAAGGCUUGCAUUCGAGAUGGUUCAGUGGUGGCCAAAGUGGGUCAGCUAUAUGCAGCAUGGAAGUUCCAGCUGCUGGACCGCUGUGAAGCUGGCUGGUUGGAAGAUGGCAGCAUCCGUUACCCCAUAGUCAACCCUCGUUCCCGCUGUGGAGGAUCACAUCCAGGUGUCCGACACUUGGGCUUUCCUGAUAAAAAAUUCCGCCUCUAUGGGGUCUACUGUUUCCGCGAGAACAAGGAUGAAAUGGCAGGUGGUAUUGAAACGACAAAAAGCCCUAAAGAUAGUUUGACAUGGAGGAAUAGCAGCAACAGCAUCCCAAUGAAUGCUACAAGGGUGAUUUAA